GCGGACAUUGUUUAGAUCACGACAUCGAAGCCUGCAACCAUCGAAGCAGUUUGACGUAGAUAGGUGACGUAAAUAGUUGGUUACUAUGGACACCUCCGAACAGAUCCAGGUAACACAAUGGUACUAUGGUUUUUUCCUAGCCCAAUGUCACCCGGUGGUGUUCAUCAUGUGGGAUCUUUCCAUCAUUCCUGCGGUUCUACUUGGCCCCUUCUGAUGUGAUCUAGAACUGUGGAGGCCGAUGGGCACAUGUCGGACACUGCAGUAGAGCAGGAUUACGGUACUCCAAGGAGCCAGGCCGUGAAGUCGACCUUACUCUCAUGGAAUCAGCCAGCGGACCUUCCCAAUUCGUGUAUUGAGGAGAUUUCCCCACUCACUCAUCCGCAUGGUGCUGUUACUGGCAAUCGUCAACGCUGUAAUGUGACUUUUUCCCAGCGACAUGAGAUCCGGGCUCUAGAUUCCCUGCAAAUGUCAGUACGAAGAAACACCCGCGAUCCGCAGUCCUGCCGAAUGGACCAAAUCUCAGCUCACGAUCGUUGAAAUGCAAGAGCCAAGAGCCACCGGUGACAUUGCACUGCUCGAGCGUGCAAUGUCUCUCCUCUCGAACCGGAUGCGAUCGUCUCUCGGAACAGCUGCUACAACUCUCGAAACGGGUGUUUAAGAAUUUGCAAGCGCCGGCAGCUCUGCGGGCAAUGUCAAUCGCGACGUGAAGUCUAUCCGACAGGAAUUCCGCGUGGGCAGACGUCUCAUUCUCGGAAUGCUUACCUCUCUUCGUCGACAUAGCGAAGAUCAUCGACGCUCGCAUCUCCAACGGAGUGUUCUGCGUCACAGUGGAAGAAGCAGAAGGGUUUCGGAUUGACGAAACACGCGCGCGUCUCAGAAUCAUGAUCCACGAAAGUAGAAUCCCAUAGGGCCGAGUGAACAGCCAAGAGGAUUAAAUAUUUAAGUGCGAGGAUAAUGACAACAUGAUUUUUUCCCCAACUCUGCCGCGCGAGGACAAGAAGGGCCCAUCGUUGGAACUGUUUUCUGCAAUCUGAUUCUUACGGCUAACUUGCCAAUGUUAGAAUUUGACUCUGUGGACGUCGAUGGACAAAUGUCUUUCCAGUUUUUGCAUCAUUUGAAACUCAUGAUGAGAUUUAUGAAUGGACAGUUCAUGAAUCAUUCUGCGUAUUAUUUUAUUUUGUUUUUCUGACUUGAGGGGAUUACUGUUUCAUUCGUUCAUUUAACAGGAUAUGAU